AUGUUGAGCACGGAAAGUUUCGCAGGGGUGAAAGCCCUGGGAGAGGAAUCGCUGCAGAUGUGGGACCUCAACAAGCGGCUGGAGGCGUACCUGGCUCGCGUGAAGUUCCUGGAGGAGGAGAACGAGGUGCUGCGAGCUGAAAUCCAGAGCACCAAGAGCAGCCCGGCCGGGGACUCGUGGAGGGUGAAGUACGAGGAGGAGCUGCGAGCCCUGCGGGAUGCUCUGGAUCAUGCCUUCAGGGAGAAGUGCACGGCCGAGCUGGCCAGGGACAAUCUCUACGAGGAGGUCCAGCAGGUGAAAAGCAGGUGCCAGAAGGAGCAGGCAGCCCGAGAAGAAGCUAAGAAGCAGCUGUCCUUGAGCAGGAAAGAGCUGGAGGAGGAGAGGAGAGCACAGAUCUGGCUGAAGGAGAGGGCUGUACAGCUGGAGAAGGAGGUGGAAACCUUGUUGGAGGUGCACGAGGAGGAGAAAGCGGGGCUGGACCAGGAGAUUGCGAGUUUCUCCCACAGCCUGGAGAGCUUCCGCUGUGCACCGGUGGCUUUCCAGCCGGUGGAGGUGGAGGACUACUCUAAGAGGCUCUCAGAGAUCUGGAAAGGGGCGGUGGAGACCUACAAGACAGAGGUGUCGCAGCUGGAGGUUUCCCUAUGCCAGGCGAAGGAGAACCUGUGGAAGGCAGUGGAGGACAACCAGCAGAGCCAGUUGCAGCUGCAGCACCUGGAGAAGGACCUGGCGGGGCUCAAAGCACGGAAGGAGAUGCUGGAGGAGAGCCUGGCCCAGCAGUGGCAGGAGCAGCGCGGGGAGGCAGAAAAGUUCCAGCUGGCGAUGGAGGCCCUGGAGCAGGAGCAGCAGAGCCUGCGAGUGCAGAUCGCCCGCGUGUUGGAGGACAGGCAGCAGCUCAUGCACCUCAAGAUGUCCCUCAGCCUGGAAGUGGCGACCUACAGGACGCUGCUGGAAGCAGAGAGCACCCGCCUGCAGAUGCCAGCUGGGGAAUUCAGGUUGGCCAAUGGUGUGCGAGAUCUCAAACUGGAGGUGAGCGGCGGCAGCAGCAGCAGCAAACUGGUACCAGCGAGCCCUGAGACCAGGAGGCUGCUGCCCCGAGACCACUGCACCAGCCCCUCCAUCUUCCCGAGGGCAGAGGGGAGGGGGCAGCUAGCAAAACCCCAAAGUGACACUCUGACACCCAAAAGCCAGAGCCCCAGUGCCAGGGAGCUCCAGAAAAUCAGCUCAGUCCUCUAUGCCACAGCACUGCCGACUACCUGCAGGGCUGGGGGGCUGGGAGCCCCUGCCUGCCCCACACCCAGCCCCUCACAGGCAGGCAAAGCUGCCCCUCCUCUCUCCCCAGAGCCCCCCAGCCCUUCAUCACCGCAGCAUGAGUGCUCUGGGGGAGAGGGUCCCGCCUGGCCAGGGGGAGACAGGGGAGUGAUGAGCCAAGGGACAGAGUGUCCUCUGUCCAGAGCCAUGGGGGACACUCCCAAUGUCAGCGUGCAGCCCCUGGGAGAGGUGCCCACCCGCAGGCUGCAGUACCCAGCCCAGUUGGUCAGCGAGGCGCUGGAGGAUGCGCUCAAGGCAAUGGAAGAUGAUGCUCAGCCCAAAGAAGAGCCCGUGCUCAGCACCACAUGGGCGCCCCGGGAUGCCUGUGUCCCCAGCCCCAUUUUCCCCACAGAGGCUUGUGCAGAGGCUGUGUCCGAGGAGCCUGGGGAAGAGCAGGACCCCUCUGAGGGCUCUGAGGAUGGUGACAGCCCUGAGGCAGAGGAGAGGGUUGGGGAGGUCAUGCUCCAGGGACUGGCUGUGGAGAGCAGCAUCCUGCAGGACAGAGCCGGGUCCCCACUGGGCACGGCCGCUUCCUUGAGUGCUUCAGGGAGCCGGGAAGAUUUGGGAGCAUGGGAGGAGGAGGGGGUACCUGCUGUGCUGAGCCCAAGGGAUCCAGAAAUGGAGGCACAGGAAGGGGACAGGGGUCUCCCUGGACAGACAGUGACCAGCUGGGAAAAGCCAGAGCAAGAGGAGGACAGGGCAGAGACCCCAAGCACAGAGGUAUCACACCCCUCAGAGGAUGAGGAGGAGGAGGAGAGGGGACCCCGCAGCCCCUGCAAGGAAAAUGGAGAUUUCCAGGAAGAAGGAACAGAUGUGCAAGAAGAGGAGUGUCCACAUAGAGAAGUGGAAGCUGCUCAUGCUGUCCUUGCAGAAAGCCACCUGGUUUUGCUCACAAAAGGUCACCUGGGAGAGAACUUUGUUGAUGCAGAGCAGGAAAGGUCUGAGCAGCAGAAAAUGCCCAUGUGUGAGAUGGAUUUGGCUGCAGAGAAGGAAAAGGGACAGGAGCUGUGCCUAGAGCAGAAGCCCUCAAGUGUCCAUGAGGCCAUCCCAGCAGAGAAGGCUUCAUUAGGAGCUGAAGAAGAUGCUGUGGGAGGGGAGGACACAGGCAGAAUGAAAGAUGGUGAGGGAGAAAAGGGAGAGGCCAGCAAGGAGGUGCUGGGAGGAGAGGAUCAUGGGGUAGGACAGGACCCUGAGGUGGGAGAGGACUCUGAGUCAGAAGAAGACCAUGGGGUAAGAGAAGGCUCUGAGGCAGGAGAGGAUCCGGGGGCAGGUGAGGCUGUGGGAGGUGACACUUUGGAGUGGGAGAGCAGAGCCCCAGAGGAGCCUGAGGACAUGCAGGAAAGCAGCUCUGUGGAAGAGGAGGGGGAACAGAAGCAGCAGGAACCAGGAGAGGAACCCUGGGGCCAGGGGGAUGAUGGCCAUGGCCAAGAGCCCUGUCCAGAGGACUGGGAGGUGACAGCAGAGGACACAGAGGGAGUUUUGGGGACAGAAGAGCCAGCCUGGGCAGAUGACACCCUGAGCAGCGCAGGAAGGCUAAAAAAUGAGGAGAGAGAUGGCACAUUGCCAGCAGAGCUGGAGGAAGCCCAGGAAGAUGAUGAAGAGGAUGCCAAGAGCCAGGAGAUGAGCCAGCAGCAGUCACUGCCAGAGGCUGAGCCAGCACCGGAGCUGGCAAGGCAGGAGCAGCAGGGCACCAUGGCAGAGCCUGACCCAGCCCCUCCAGGUGCCCCUGAGCAAGGGGACAGACAGGAGUUGGCCGAGGCUCCAGAGGAGCCAUGGGAGGGGCAGGAUGACGAUGCUGACAAUGGGCUCAGCUCGGAGCUGGGGAAGCUGGAGAGCUCAGAGCUUGUAGAAUCGAAGCAGGUGCCAGGUGACAGCGUGGAGAGUGGUGAGUGGGCAUUGGAGGAGGUCCCCGGAGACCCAGAGCCCACACUGGGCACCAGAAGGAGGGUGGAGCUGGAGGACACACUGCCAGACAGCACACCCUUGCACCUCUAUGAAGGGGAGAUGCUGGCUGUGGGUGCACCCAGCCCAAGUCCUCCAGAGACCGAGGAGACCAUGAAGGCAGUGCCUGUGUCUGACACAGCUCAGGAGUGUGAAGGGUGGCUGGAAGGGAGGGACAAGCCGCCAACUCCCACCAUGCCAGAGGGCCCUGAAGAGAAGGCAGGGGCAGAGGUGGCUGCUGUGGCAGAGGGUGCUGAGGAGGAGGAAGGUUAUUUCAUCGUCUCUGCUCCCAAACAAGAGGUGUCCAGAUUGGAGGAAGCCGAGAUCUCUGAGGACUUUGAAGAAAUUAAAGUUGAAGCAACUGAAGGCAGUCAAGAUGAUCUGGGGGCUCCUGGAGAAGCAUCUCCAGUGCCAGAGGGCAAAGAGCACCUCGAGGUCUUUGUUGGGGAAGCAGAUGAAAAUACAGAGCUGCCCUCUGAAGAACCUGAGAUGCCAAAGGAUGAGGACAACACUGCUAAACUGGAGGAAGACCUGGCUGUGUCUGAAGCAGAUCCCAGCUGUCUUGGAGCCAUGGGACCAUUAGCAGCAGGUACCGAUGAGCCAGCCCAGGGUGCCACAGGCACUGGAGCAUGGGAGGCAUCAGAGCAUUUGGAAGAUUUGGCUGCUGAAUCAGAUGAGGAGCUCCACAACACAACUGAGCUGGAGAGGGAUGCCAGUGAAGCUACAACCCUCCCAGGCUGCAGCCUGGGGUUGGCAGGGCAGGAGGACAAGGGGGCAGAUGAGGACGAGCCCAGCAUGGCUCUCCAUGACACGGCCAAGGCCACACCUCCAGCAGGGCUGCAGGCCCAGGCAGUGCCUGAUGAAGCAGAGCAGACAUUGGAAGAGCAGCCAUCCACGGAGGAGGAAGCACUCGACAGUGACAGCCUUCCUUCACCCAGGAAUGAGCAGCUCCCUGAGGCCAGCCCACCUCAGCUGGGCUCUGCACUGGAGCAGGGAGGUUUUCCAGAGUCGAUUCCGGAUAUCCCUGAUACCGCUGUUCUCUCUGCAGAGGUGCCAGUGGAUAUCAUGAAGGACUCGGAUAUUUUGGAAAUAGUUGAGCAGGCCCUGGAAUUCAACCAGGAGCUGAUGGGGGUGGGGGUGGCAGAGGGUGGGCAGCAAGGUCCUGGAAGGAUCGAGCUCUCCCGGGAUGCAGGGGAAGACUCCUCACCUGCCUCAUCCAGUGAGGAAGAACCAACGGUGCAGGAGGCACCAGAUGCAGUCCCAGAGAUGGAAGGUCUGGUCCGGGCUGAGAACGGUCUGCACCGGGAUGCCAGUCUGGAAGACCUGGCUGAAUUCACCGACGAGGUGCUGAACGGCAUCGCCAGCACAGAACCAGCACAGGAGCUCCCCACAGAGACCGCAGACCCCUCGAUGGUGAUGCCACCACAGGCCCCCACUCCUGGAGAUGGCACUGCCACCAAGCUGGGGGAUGCUACCCUGAGGGGGAAGCAUGGUGGAGCUGACCCCAGCCCUGUGCCCCCUGCUCUGGGGGAGGAUGUCCUGUGCCUCACACCUGACCAGCUAGCAGUGUGUCAGCUGAGAGCUGAGCAGGAGCCCUGCUCCUCAGGGGACGAGUGA